AUGCCGGCCGCCGUGCAAGCAAGAAGAGACUCAGCAGAAUCGAUCAACACAGAUAUCAUCACACUGUCGAGAUUCAUUCUGGAAAGCCAACGCUACGAUGCGAAAAACGCUACUGGAGAGUUUUCAAUGCUGCUGAACUCCUUGCAGUUCGCUUUCAAGUUCAUUUCGCAAACCAUCCGGCGUGCGGAGUUGGUCAACCUCAUGGGACUGGCAGGUGCGUCCGUUAACGCCACGGGCGACCAACAGAAAAAACUGGAUGUUCUGGGUGAUGAGAUCUUCAUCAACGCCAUGCGGGCCAGCGGGAACGUCAAAGUGUUGGUCUCCGAAGAGCAAGAAGAAUUGAUGGUUUUCCGUCACAAUCCAGCCACCUACGCGGUUUGUUGCGAUCCAAUCGACGGAUCGUCGAAUUUGGACGCCGGUGUUUCGGUGGGGACCAUUGUUUCGCUAUUCAAGCUGACUCCGGGGUCGCAAGGCAAUUCCAAAGAUGUGUUGCGUCGCGGUGACGACAUGGUCGCCGCUUGUUACGCCAUGUACGGUGCUUCCACGCAUCUCAUGCUUACCACAGGGAAAGGCGUCAACGGGUUCACGCUCGACACCAAUUUGGGCGAGUUUAUCCUCACAUAUCCGGACCUCAAACUGCCUUUGCAGCAUCCAAUCUAUUCGGUCAACGAGGGAAACUCCGUGUACUGGGAAGAUAUGAUCCAGCAGUUCUUCCACAAUUUGAAGGUGCCCCAGGAUGCUCCUAAUGGCAAACCUUACUCUUCGCGUUAUAUCGGGUCGAUGGUCGCCGACGUGCAUCGUACUUUAUUGUAUGGUGGGCUCUUUUCGUACCCUUGCGACAAAAAGAGUCCCAAGGGUAAACUACGGCUACUAUACGAGGCGUUCCCCAUGGCUUUCCUUGUCGAACAAGCCGGAGGUAAAGCCGUUAAUGACAAAGGUGAGCGUAUCCUGGAUUUGACCCCCGAAAACAUUCACGACAAGAGCAGCAUUUGGUUGGGUAGUAGCCAGGACAUCGACCGAUUCCUAAAGCAUAUUGGUAAAUGA